CGCAUAAUGUGGCGAGCUGUUGCAGAAUGUUUGGGUGUGUGUGGAUGAUGUGAGACUGGUCAGUCGUGUGUGUGGAAAUGUUUGGAUCAUUUCACAUGACCCCUGACCUUUACUGCUUGACCCUUUCAUAUGACGUCGUGCUCUUGAUGCUGUAGUCAUGGAUGUUCAUGUGCACAACAGUCGGACGGUUCACUAUAGGCUGAAGAAUACUCCUACUGAACAAGAUGAUCUACAGUUCCUCAGUCUUGAGGAACGGGAGUGUAUUUUGUUCUUCGAGGAAACCAUUGGCACGCUAGAGGAGGAGCUAGAAGAUGAGGGGGCGAGAAUAUCCGCACGUAGCCACACACCUGCGGAGGUGCAUCCAGUGCCCAUUACAGUCCAACCUCCCAGCCCUGGAGAUCAUGACAUCAUUGACCUGGUGCACCCCAUGCCUGAGCCCAGCAAGCAUACAGACACACUGCCCACCAUGCCAGAUUUCCAAGAGCUGGUUGUAGCCCCAGAGACCCAUUUUGAGGUGAAGGCCAAGCAUAACCCCAUGGAGAAUUCCCCCCCAGAGCUGCCCAUCGCUGCCCCUGUGCCCGAGGAGAGUGCACACCAACCCCCACUCAGUUCUGUUCCCACCCCUGUAAUCAUCGCAGAGCACCAGGGUAUGGGCGGGGCCUUAUCGCUACCUUCAAUGUUGAACCAGCGAAGACGCAGUCUGGAGUUACCACAAAACACCUCGGCCAAACACGGCCCUCCAACUCAAGCCAAGCCAAUGCAUCUCCCAGACAACAUCAGCUUGAUGCUUGGCAGCCGGGAACACAUUCCCCAUUCCAUCGCCGCAGAAGCCGUCAGUGUGCAGGAGCGCCGGGCGCAGAUGCUUGCCAACCUCCCUGGCUCCGCCCACCCUCUGGAGGGAGGAGAACCAGUCUGUGUCCGCAAACUUCCCAUUCGGAGUGUGUCAUUCCGAGAUCCAAUGCCUGAGAAGUCCAGGAUGGAGGCGCUCUCAAAGCUUGGGCUCGUGAGGAACCGAGCACAAUCGGUCAUGCAUCCAUCUCCUAGGGACUCAAAUGCAGAAGGCAUCAGCUUUAAGACUAGCGCAACUACAGUUCAGAUGACUUUCAAGAGUGAUAAUGCACCUAUACACACCUGUAAUGCUUCAAGUAGUGUUCAUGCUCCAAACAAUGCUAAAACUUCAAACACUUCCAGUAGUUUGAAUGCCCGCAACAUUGCUAAUACUGCAAACCCCACAACAAAUAAGACCAGUAACCACACUGUUACCAGUACAGUGAACAUCAUUGCUGAUGUCCCCACUAUGACCCAUGGCAUGGACACCACGGAUCACUGUCAAACCAACACUGUUACUAAACAGGACAAUUCUAGUCCCUCACCAGCGCUAACGAGUGCUGAGGUCACACACAGUGAUUUCAACAGUUAUGGUGGUAAGAGUAUCACCUUGAACCCCACAUUGUCCUUUAGGGCUGAGUAUAUCCCACCUCAAAGUGCCACAGCCAUUUCCUUGCCCAAAACAGAAGCUCAAGAGGUCCAGCUCAACAGCUUUGGUGGUUGGUCCAGAGUCAUGAAUCCAUCCGUUGCGCACAGAGACGAGACAAAACAUGGAUAUAGCAGCUACAAUCACUCACCGCCUAGCCACAUCAGCCACCUAAAUAACCAUGGAGCCCAAUCAAAGACCUUCUCGUCUGUAAAAGAAGACUACUUGGCUGUGAGCUCGCACCCUAUAAGAAGGACCACUGACGAAGAUGUAUCUACAAUAAAAGUGACCUCCUCACACUCAGAAGCACCUUUCCAUCCAGCUGUGACCAGACAACCUCCCACUCCAGCUCCAAAACCACCUCAGCACUCAAAUCCUCUGAGUCUCUCUAGGCUGAGACCCAGUCCUCCGUCCCCAGAGUUACACCACAAACCUUCGCCAAAGUCGUCCUUUCGAUCACAGGGAAUAACAGUCCAGUUCUCUGGGAAAGGAGCCACGGAUGAAGCCAGACGUGAUGCGCUACGCAAACUUGGACUGCUGAGGGAUACAUCUUAAAGGUUCACAAACACAGAAUAGACUACAAUAUUUCGGUGUGGUGAAGACUCUAUAAAUAAUUAAAUUGAUCAUAUUUACAUAUACAUACACCAACUUGUAUGUUGUUGCAUUACUAGCAUUACCUUGUUUGCAGGUUCAAAGUCCAGGAGUUCCUGUGAAUGUUUAGGUGAAUAGACAAGAUUUAUGACCAACUGUUGGACAGCAGUGAGCCUUGUUGAUUGAAUUUCAAGAACUCUAGGGAAAAAUCAAGACUAAUAGGCAUGUCUUGUUUGGUGUGUGCUUGUUUUCCAUGCUGAGUACCACCAGAUCAAGUGUCUUGCUUGAUAUGUGGAAGAAAUCAAGGAGUUAUUUUUUGGUUGGAGAAAGUUAUCCAUUAGCAGUCCCAUUCAUGUAAAUGGCGGUUGCUUGGGGUGCCAUCUUUCCUUCAUGUGGACUCCUUCUUUUUGAGCCAAUCACCUGAGCUGUAAAUGCCAUGUGACUGCUCAGUCUAUAGUAGCACUCUUUGCAGCAUACAGGGAAAAGCCAGGACAUCUUUUUUGUACAUUGUCCAAGAAAUCAGGUCAUUGGUGAAAAAUCAACUGUAAUGAGAUAUUUGCUACUAACAUGUUGCUCAGAAUACAUCCAUACUUCUUUUGGAUGGCCAUCUAUAGAGGAAUAUGUUUUUUUUUUUGCCUGUUUAAUAUUGUAAUUACUGCAUCCACCAGUGGAGGGUAACUGUUGAUGCUAAUCGGGAAACCUUGACCCCUGACUAAAACAGAAUUUACUGUUUGUUGUUGGCAAUUUUGAUGAAGUUUUAAGAAACAAAUCCUGCAACUAAAGCUCAUCUACAUUGUCAUUUGGCAGAUGCAUUUAUCCAAAGUACAGGAAUUAGACCCAUGAUUUUAGCAUUGUUAGCACCAUGCUCUACCAGUUGAGCUACAAGCACUUGUCUUGUUCUUGUUCUCAGCGAGUCAUUUCUUUUGUCUGUUGUAUGUUUCAUGCCACGGCCAUUCAUUUUGAGUGACGAAUAUGCCAAGAAAACCAUUCUCCGUGUGCAUGCUCCAGUGGCUUGGUGGCAGAAACACAGUAACCAGGUCUGAGGUUCUAGUCCCUUGUUGCUGUUCUGUGCGAAGGCCAGAGAGUCUGCCCAGAAACACCAAGGGGAUUAUGGGUCUUGCUGAAACUCUUUUGCAACAUUUUAUAUACUAACUAUAAAUAUACCUGUAACCCCAAUAUUUGGGAAGGAAUCCUCUAUCAAGUUCCCCAUAUGCACCCAAUUCUCAUAGGACUCUGAGCAUCUUUUACUAAAUACUUGUAGCCUAACCAUGGACGACAUAAACUCUUUAAGUGCUUCAGAGAGAUUGUUUCUAAAAGAGAAGCAAGUGGAUUUCAUGGGUCCGUCUGUGGUUUUAAAUCACUGCUGUGAUUGGCAGCGACUCACAUUUAAAAGUUAUCGCUUGCUUGGUUCAGAGGAUACGAAUCUUCACUCUUAGCUAUUGAAGUGUUCUCUAUGGCUUCAGAGAUUUCUGAUAACAUAUGCUCAUGAGUGUUGACACUUUUAAAAGUAGCCGUGUAUAAUGAAAGAGCAAGUCACAUUUUGUUUGUAACCAAGCUGAAGUUCUAGACCAUGUUUGAGCAAUUAAGUAGAGGUCAGUUUAUAGAAUGCAUAUGUACAUUUACACUUAGGAUAUAGUUAUAGUUGUACAUUAUACAUGAUACAUUAUUAGGAUCAUCUGGUGUAAAGAAGCCAGACCAAUCACAUUGGUUCUCUGCUAGAUUACAUAAUACCUCACAGAGAAAUCUCUUGCAUAUUGUCUUUUUAAUAUUGUGCACAGACUGAUGUACAGCAGGCAGUUUUUAGGAUAAUACUGUAUAUUUAUUCUGUUAAUGUUGGGUGUUCGGGUGAAGUUUUCUAAAUGAUCCGAGUCCAGAUCUUUCCAGUCUUUCUUUCUCUCCAAGCGUGCCUUUGCCUUGAGACCACAGAAGAUCUCGUAAAUGGAGUGGUUGUUAAAGUAUAGUUCCUCCCACGCCAAACCACAGAGAUCCAAAUCUAGAUGCUGCUGUGGGAAUGGCAAAUCUGGAGCACAUGGGAACUAAACUGACCAGUGAUCAUUAACCAAAUGCUUUUUACCUGUUUGUAAUGAACCAAUAGCUUUAGUUCAGUGUGUGUGUGUGUGUGUGUGUGUGUGUGUGUGUGUGUAUAUUUCAGUAUGAAUGAGUGUUAGUAAAUGUAAUAGGGUAUGUUUGCCAUUGUUGUUGAAUAGUUUUUUUUUUGUUUGUUUUUUACACUCCGGUUUUUGCUUUAAAUGAAGCAGUUAUUGAAGGAUGUAGAAUGCAUGUUGUGAAUGCGUGACAUACACAGUAAAAACCAAAAACCAAAAAAACAUUUCUUUCCAUCUCUUUGUGUACAUGUGAUUGUAAGUAAAAAUCUAUAUUUUCCUCCAAUGGUUAUGAUCUGUAACAUUGUGUUGUUUCUGAAUAAACACAAUUUUAAACCCA